AUGGGUAACUUGUCUUAUUUUUUGGGUUUCGAGGUUGCUCGCAGCUCUACAGGCAUUCAUCUCUCCCAAAGGAAGUAUGCACUGGAUCUUCUUCGAGAAACUGGGAUGAUCGCAGCUGCCCCUAUCAGUACACCCAUGAAUUUCUCUACCAAAGUCUCCUAUGAAGGCCAACCACUCGAGGAUCCCACUGUUUUUCGUCGUUUGAUUGGGCGCCUAAUUUAUCUCACAAACACACGUCCUGACAUAACUUGUGUUGUUCAUUGUCUCAGCCAGUAUGUUGCUUCACCCACUCAAGCUCAUCACCAAGCUGCCUUUCGCAUACUACAUUACAUAAAAAACACUCCUGGACAGGGCAUCUUCCUCAGCGCUACCAGCUCACUCACACUCAAAGCUUACAGCGACUCUGACUAG